AGCUUAGACUCGUACAGUACAGAGAGAGGUACAGAGCUUAGAGUUGAAGAGAUCAAAAAAUCAAUGGCGUCAAGUGGAGCUGCCGUGCCAUUCUGGAGAGCUGCAGGGAUGACAUACAUAAGCUAUUCAAACAUAUGUGCCAGCAUGGUGAGGAACUGUCUCAAAGAGCCUCACAAAACUGAAUCCAUUUCUCGCGAGAAGGUUCAUUACUCCGUUUCCAAAUGGGUCGAUGGCAAGCCUCAAAAGCCCACUGUGCGCUCAGAUGACCCUGAUGCAUGAGGCUAAAGGUUGCUCCACAGCAUACUUAAGUUUAUUUUAACCUCCUGCAAAUCUCUUAUAUGCUCCUCAAUUUUACUGGAUUUGAUAUCUUUGUAAUGCAUUUGCACCUUUAGACGAUGUUCGUCUGUCUGGCUACUGAUUAGCGGUAGAGCUAUUAUUUUGAAUAAACAGUACUGCUACUUUGUUUUUUGGCCGAUAAAAGAAAUCUUUGAGGGCA